ACAGCUUUGGGAUCUGGUUUUGGGCAGGUUUGGGGUCUUGUUUUCGACAGGUUUGGGUCUUUUUUGGACAGGAUUUGGGAUCUGGUUUUGGACAGCUUUGGGGUCUUUUUUUUUGCGAGGGAAUUUUUAACAUCUUGCCUUGUAGUUAUAAAGUGAGAACUGAACCUUUGCCAUUUAUAACUAUGAGAACAUCUUUUAAUUUUUUAUCCCCCAGAACAUGGUGAUGAGUUUCCGAGUCUCAGAUCUUCAGAUGUUGCUGGGUUUUGUUGGCAGGAGUAAAAGCGGACUAAAACACGAGCUAGUGACCCGAGCUUUGCAGCUGGUCCAGUUUGACUGCAGCCCCGAGGUGUUCAAGAAGAUCAAGGAGCUCUACGAGACUCGCUACAGCAAGAGAGGCUCGGAGGUGGCGCAGCCGCCGGCGGGGGCGCCGCCCCGGGCGGAGCCGCUGGCCCUGCACGCGUCCUACGAGCGCGGCAGCGCCGUGCCCCGGACCCUGCCCGCCGCCAACAUCGACUACCCUGCCCUCUACGGCAAAUACCUGAACGGACUGGGCACCAGGUUGCCCCCCAAAGUGGCCAAGCCCGAGGUUCGCUUGGUGAAGUUGCCCUUUUACACCACUUUGGAUGAGCUGUUGAAGCCCACAGAGUUAGUUCCACAGAAUAAUGAGAAGCUUCAGGAAAGUCCCUGCAUUUUUGCAUUAACACCAAGACAAGUGGAGCUGAUCAGAAAUUCCAGGGAGUUGCAGCCCGGUGUGAAAUCGGUUCAGGUGGUGCUCAGAAUCUGCUACACAGACACCAGUUCCCCUCAGGAGGAUCAGUACCCUCCCAACAUCGCCGUCAAGGUGAACCACAGCUACUGCUCCGUGCCGGGCUACUACCCCUCAAACAAACCCGGGGUGGAACCCAAGAGGCCCUGCAGGCCCAUCAACCUCACCCACCUCAUGUACCUGUCGGCAGCCACCAACCGCAUCACGGUCACCUGGGGCAACUAUGGCAAGAGCUACUCGGUGGGGCUGUACCUGGUGAGGCAGAUGACGUCAGCAGAGCUGCUGCAGAGGUUGAAAACCAUCGGCAUCAAGCACCCGGAGCUCUGCAAAGCCUUGGUGAAAGAGAAGCUGCGCCUGGACCCCGACAGUGAAAUCGCCACCACCGGUGUCCGAGUGUCCCUCAUCUGCCCGCUGGUGAAGAUGCGCCUGUCGGUGCCGUGCCGGGCCGAGACCUGUGCACACCUGCAGUGCUUUGAUGCCGUCUUCUACCUACAGAUGAAUGAGAAAAAGCCCACAUGGAUGUGCCCUGUGUGUGACAAACCUGCCCCCUACGACCAGCUCAUCAUUGAUGGGCUCCUGUCCAAGAUCCUGACAGAAUGUGAAGAUGCAGAUGAGAUUGAGUACCUGGUGGAUGGCUCCUGGUGCCCCAUCCGAGCCGAGAAGGAGCGGAGCUGCAGCCCCCAGUGCCCAAUCCUGGUUCUAGGUUCCUCGGACAUGAACGGGCUCCUGGCCACCCCCAACGGCACCGGCGAGAACGGCAAAGCCCCGGCAGAUGUUGUGGAUUUAACACUGGACAGCUCAUCCUCGGAGGAGGACGAGGAGGAGGAUGAGGAGGAGGAUGAUGAUGAUGAGGGACCCCAGCCCAAACGACGCUGCUCUUACGAGAAAGGUUUAGUCUCUGCCUGCUGACUGCAGCCACGGCUCGGAAUUCCCAACGGACAGACUUGAAUACUCUGGUGCUUAUUAAACUGGAGGAGGGGGAGAACGUCCUCUCCCACCUCAUCUCCCUCCCUCCCUCAUCUCCUGUGACUUUCCUAUUCCAAAUUACUCAUUAAAACGAGAGAGAAAAAAAGAAAAAAAAAAA